AUUAUAAUUUCUCUUCAUUGUGCACACAGUUUAGAGUGUUACGUAUCAUUUACGAAAUCGCAAAAAUUACGACUGAAGCGUUUAUUUCGUAAUUGUACAACAAUGUGCAAUUUCACGUGCAAAAUGCAUACCUAGAUAACAAAAAGACAACAAUGAAAAUUAUUAUAUCAAUAAAUUUAUGCGCGUAAUAACUUUUAGUAGCAGAUAGCAGUUCUGCUGACGUUCCCCCCAGAAGUAUGAUGAGUAAUUGCGAUUAGCUAAAGUAGCUACGAUAACAAGUACUGCCUAGUCACUAUGCAUAUCAGGGAUUACGUAAGGUGCCAAACAUUAUUAGAUGUAAUAUAUAGUGACGCGAAAUCGUGACGAACUCACUAAAUCAACAUGAAGGUGUUGCUGUCGGUUCUCUUCGCGAUUUUGAUAUGCGACCAAAUCGCCAAUGGUUACCGAAUUCUCGGUGUGUUCCCGUUACACGGCAAGAGUCAUUGGAUCAUGCAAGAGGCACUGAUGAAGGAAUUGGCGAGACGCGGUCAUCAGGUUGAUGUGGUCACGCAUUUUCCGCUGGAAAAGCCGAUACCCAAUUACACGGAUAUCAGCCUGAAGGGCAGUCUUCCACAAGUUAUGAACAAUAUGACCGCGGCGGAUGUACUAGGUUUCAGCACUCCGUCUAUAUCCAAUUUAGUUGCGAUAGCUGGAAACAGCAUUUGCACACUGUUGGACCACCCAAAGAUACAAGAGCUGAUUAAGAACCCACCGCAAGAUCCCCCCUAUGAUCUCGUCAUACAAGAGGUAUGCUCAAUGUUUUCAAGUAUAUGUUCGAUCAUCCUUGCGUUGCAUAAGAAAAUUUCUACUAUUUCGAUUUAAUUAAAUAUAUUAAUU